AUGGGCUAUAUUGUUUCUUCUGAUAGUAAUGAGCUUUCAUAUUCGGGUUGGGCUGAAUGGUCUCCUUUGACAGUUGUACCUAUUUCUUCAAUUGAGCCCAAAAAUUUCAAAGAGACAGCUGAAGAAACUAGGCCUAUUGAGAAUAAGCCUUCUAAAAUGGUGGGACUUGGCAUGUGUAACUUAGGCAACACAUGUUUUCUAAAUGCGGUUGUGCAAUCUUUUAUGCACACCGUAGUGUUUCUUGAGCUACUUGCAUCGAUUGAUCAUGUAUCGCCAUGCGAUAAUCACACAGUCGGAUUUUGUGUAGUUUGCAUGAUCCGAGAUCUAGUUGACCUUUCUAUGGCUGGUGCCUUUGAUUAUGUCUCGCCGAAAAAAAUUGUUAGCCACUUGAGAGAUUUUUCACCCGAUUUCGAUUGGUAUCAACAAGAAGAUGCACAUGAAUUCUUACAGUGCUUUCUCAAUAAACUCGAAUAUUGUUGUUACAAUCUAGAACCACAAGACAACAUUGUGAAGGAGGCCUUUGGUGGUCGUUUUGUGAGCAAGCUCCGUUGUUGCAAUUGUGAUCAUUUCUCUGUCACACACGAGCCUUUAAUCGACAUAAGCUUAGAGAUUGAAGACAUUGACAAUGUACCAGCAGCACUAGAGUCUUUCACUAAAAUCGAAAAAAUUGAGUUUUAUUGUGAAAAGUGCAAGACACAAGGGCCAUUUGAGAAGCAGCUCAUCGUUGAUCGUGCCCCUUCUGUUGUUGCCCUACAUUUGAAGAGAUUCAAAAAUAACAUAAUAGUUGUUCAGAAGGUAGACAAGCAUGUUUCAUUUCCGUUGGAAUUGGACAUGCUUCUUUAUACCAACAAAAUCAAUAAUGAAGAAAUGAAAUAUGAUCUCUACGCAAUUAUAGUGCAUUCCGGACCUUCAAUAUCUUCAGGACAUUAUUACAGCUUCAUUCGUUGUGCUCCAAAUGAAUGGUACAAAUUUAAUGACGAGCAGGUUGUUUUUGUUGAAGAAGAUUUUGUUUUAGCACAAGAGGCCUAUAUUGUGUUUUAUGCAAGGAGAGGCACUCCAUGGUUUUCAGAUUAUAUCCAAAUCCAUAGGGCCUUCGUAAAUCUGAUUAUCCCCACAACUUCUCCGUGCAUUCCAAAUAAUCAUGCUUUCGAUGUUGGUGAAUUCAAUAAUGUUGCAGAUGAGACAAAUAUGAAGCAUGAACUCAACAAGAUUGAGCAAGAUGAUUUCCCUGAUCAGGAAUAUUCCAAAGAUCAAUUGCAGGACGUGAAAAUAAAGCACGUGUGUUCAAGGGAUGAAGAAUUCAUGGAUGCAUUGCAUGGCGGCUCACAUGUAAGUUUUGUGAAUGAAAAGAAGAGGAAGCUGGAAGAUUCUCCGAGUAGAGACGAUUGA